CGAGAGAGGGUUAAUGCUGUUCCUCGUGGCCUCAGCCUUGGCUCUUUUAGCAGUCCCAUGUAUUGCUGAGGAUCCUGGCCAUGACUUUCGUCCAAUGGAAAACUUGGAGCAAGCUCUGAUGAAUCUCGAAGCGUCUCUCAAUGGCACCAGCUUCUGUUUUUCACGAAUCAAGGAAUUGUGGGAAGUUGCCACGGAGCGUAAGGUUAAGUUAGAAGCAAUAAGGGAUGACCUCUUCAGGUCUAUGAACAGACUUGCGCAGUUGGAAGCGUCUUCACCAAUAUUGAAAGAGUGCCCAGCUCCCUUCGAGAGGGUAGCUGGAGGCUGCUUCUUCCCUUCAGAUGAAAAGAUCAAGUUUUGGAACGACGCCAGAUUGGUAUGCGGCAGAAUGGGUGGAGAUCUCGCCUAUCCCAGAGAUCUAUCACUCUUCAGGUCCUGGGUCAGAGGACUACGGGAUGAGUACGGCUACUACUACAUUGGUGCGAGGGCGAAUCCCAAAGACGAAUUUCCCAUUUUCCUUUGGCUAGACGGACGGAGGCUCCUCAAAGAAGAGUCAUACAGGACCGAUUUCCUUGUGUAUGGUGAUGCUUUGUGUGUAGGCAUACAGACCUAUGGUGGGUAUGAAUUAAAAAACAAGGAUUGUGGCGAAUAUAGACGACGUUAUAUCUGUGAAAUCAAAGUAAAGGAAGAGUAGCCUA